AUGCUGACUUACUACAUCGUCAGCGCCGCACUGGUGCUCUGGGUCAUCGUUGGAGUCGUCCGAUACGUCGUUCGCUGUCUCUCGUUUCCAUCGGCCCCUGGGAGCCCAUGGGCGAGAUGGACGAAGAUCUGGUAUAUCCAAAAAGUCUGGCAAGGUCACUUUGAGGAAUGGGAUAUCAAGACUCACGACUCCGGCGGUACGAUCCCUCGCCUUUCGCCUUGCGUGUUGCCCACUUCGACUGACCAUUUCGAGCAGCCCGAAAGGUCGUCCGUCUUGCCCCAAACAUGUACAGCAUCGAUGACCCGGAAUCGGCCAUGGCCAUCUACGGCGUUGCUUCCACCAUGCCCAAGUCCAAGUGGUACGAUGCUUGGGGCGACCCGAGUGUGCCGAAUCACAACCUCUUCAGCACAACAGACCGGACGGUCCACGCGGCAAUGCGUCGCCGGGUGGCGAAUAUGUAUUCUCUGUCGACCAUCAAGUCUUACGAACCUGGUGUGGACAACUGCAUCCGCAUCCUCAUCAAGUGCUUCGAUGAGUUUGCAGAGACGGGGAAGGUCUUCGAUCCGCAACACUGGAUGCAAUGUUACGCUUUCGAUGUCAUUGGAGAGAUCACGGUAAGCUGGGAGAGAGCCCUACUGACUCUCGGAAAUGUAUGAGCUGACACCAUCCCGAAGUUCGGGCACCGCGUGGGCUUUCUGGAGUCUGGUGGAGAAGAUAUUGACGACAUCAUGAAAGGAGUGGACGCCCUCCUGUACUUCUCCACUCUGAGCGGCCUGUCCGUAGCUUUACUUCCCAUUCUCUUCAUCCUGUACGGCAACCCAAACAGAGCUAUUGCUGCCUUCACGCGACGACUUCACGAGAAAGCCGGAAAGGAAGGACCGCAAAACGAGGGCGAGAAGGACACUGACGGGACCUUUGCGGCAAAGUUGGCCAAAUUGCGGGGCAAAGACCUGCCCGAAGUCGAAGCAGCUCGUUUGGAGAACGCCACCCUGCUUACCAACGUUGCUGCCGGGAGUGAUACCACCAGCAUCUCGUUGACCGGGACUCUCUACUACCUCUUCAAGACCGAUGGAGUACAGGAGCGUAUGCUGUCGGAGAUACACAGCAAGCAGACGUCGAGCGACGAAGUGAUCGGGUUCGAGCAAACCCAACAAAUGCCGUAUCUACAAAUGGUCAUGAAAGAGGCACUCCGGUUGCACUCGGCCGUGGGACUCCCCAUGUGGCGGGAUGUAGUUGAUAACGGGAUCACUCUGGCUGGUACAUUCUUUCCUCCUGGUGUAAGACUCACUACCCUGAUGAUACCUACUCUACUCUGCUGACAAUCGACGCAGUGUACUGUCGGCAUCAACCCCUGGGUUGCGCAUCAAAACAAGACCGUCUUUGGCCCCGAAGCAGACAAGUUCAUUCCCGAACGGUGGGACCCGCAGAACACAGCGCCGGAACAGCUGACUCGCAUGGAAAAUUAUUAUCUGCCCUUCGGCGCGGGCUCCAGGACCUGCAUCGGCAAGCACAUCUCCCACUUGGAAAUGGCCAAAGUCAUUCCGGAGCUUGUGAAACGCUACGAAUUCGAAUUCCUGAAAGAGGGAUACGAGUGUGCCAAUACAUGGUUUGUGAAGCAGAAGGAGAUUAUGGUAAAGGUGAAACGACGACAGUGA